AUGUCAAAUCAAGAAUAUAAAGAUAACUUUGAAGACUAUUUAGAAGAAUAUGCUUCAAUCUUUUUCGACCCAAAUGACGAUGGGAAUGCAAUCAGCGACCUGAUUAAUACAGUUACUAAGAUAAUUGAAAAUAAAAAUUUUAAAUUAGGUACAAAAUACGCUCGCAUUAUUAGAAAACUUGCAAAAUCAUUACCAGUUAAAAAAUAUGACCAAUUUGUUCAAGAAGAGUUCAUAAAUCUUUUUAAAAACGAAAUUUUUCAUGAAGAUUCGCAAUAUGCUUCAGCUGUUAGUAGAGCUAUCGAAUAUAUGUACAUUAAUAUACCACCGACAAUUGAAUAUUUAGAAGAAGCAGAUUUUAUUCAACAUAUAAUUUAUAAUAUCAAUAAUCGUCUUGAGAAUGUACUACAUUUAACAUCUUUCUUAGGCAUAAUGCUUCGCAAAACUUCUACUAAUCCACUUCUUGAAUACUUUUAUAAUAAUUUUGAUUUUGAACAUUAUGCAGACGUUUUAGCGAAUCACAGAGACACAAUGAUAGUCAACAAAGGAGUGUUUAGGUUUUUCAAGUAUAUUGCCAUGGGAAAAAUGCUUAAAACACAAGAAAAUAUAUACAAAGUCUUUAAAUUCUUGAAACGAAUGAUUAAGCACACAACAGAUAAUAAAGUUCAAUGCAGAUCGAUUAAGACACUUACAUUCUGCAUAAAGAAUUGGAAUUCAGAAGCUUUUUACACAAUGAUGGAUUUUAAUUUAAUUUUCUUUCUCGAUCCAAUCACAGCGACCCAUAACUAUGCAGCAAAUCUUGUUUAUGAUCUCUACAAGCAUCUUCUUACUGUAUAUCCCAAAAAAAUCACUCCAAAUUACUGCCAAGCAGUUUUUGACAUUUCAAAUGGCCCAACAAUUCAAUCAUGCUCAGCUGCUUCAUUUUUAGAUACAUAUACUGAUUUGAGGGACGAUAUUGUCGCUUGUUUAUGGGAAGGAAGACAUUUUUAUGAAUUUUACAAUUCAGCUCUAAGUUCAACAUAUAAUACUAGAUACCACUCUUCAAUGAUUGUUUUGAACAUGAUCAAACGCUGUACAACGUUCGGAGUCAAAAAAGUUACAAAAUGCGGAGAAAUUAUGUCAAUUGUUAGAUUUGUUGCAGAAUCUGAAACUGAAAAAGGAGUCUAUGCAAUAAUAGAUGCAAUUACACACUUAUUAGACGUUGCCAAACAGGAACCAGAAUUUUAUCAAACCAUCAAAAUCUAUUUUGAAAAUGAGUUUGGCGGAUCUGAAUUCUACGAGCUAAUAUAUCCAUUUGUUCAUGAUGAUGCUUAUUCCAAAAAGCUGGAAGAAUUAUAUAAAAAUCAUAUGACCGAAACAGAUACUUAA